AUGACAGACUACGUCCGCCGCCUCGUCUCAGGCAACAAAGCACGAUUCCAUGAUAGUGAACUCGACGUCGAGCUCGACUUGGCAUACAUUACCGACCAAGUCAUCGUGAUGGGCUACCCGGCCGUAGGAAUGGAAGGUCUAUACCGCAAUCGCCGCGAGGACGCGCAGAAGUUUCUUGAUCACAGGCACAAAGACAAAUACUGGGUAUUCAACUUCUGUCCAGUGAAGGAGAACUCCUACAAUCCCGAGAUCUUCCAUGGGAGAGUCAGCAGAUACCCGUUUCCAGAUCACCAUGCUCCUCCCUUGGCAAUCCUCCCGCUCGCCGCACGCGAGAUGCGUCUCUGGCUUGACGGCGGCCCGGAUCGUGUGGUGGUUUGCCACUGCAAAGCUGGUAAGGGUCGUUCCGGUACACUGGCGUGCGCAUAUCUCCUCUCACUCGACAUCGAUCCGACUCCACCAACUCGUCAAAGCAACUACUCGAAGAAGGAGCGUGUCAAGCUGGACCAGCUUAAGCCUCUUGUCCCGCCGAACGCUGAUCCAGAGAGUAGCACUGCCAUUCCCAUGGCUGCGAAUUUGGAAUCAGCGCAGGAGUCUGAGGCAAAGAAGGAGUAUGCCAUGGAACGUGCGGAGGAGUACAUGAACGAGAUGCCUGAGGAUGAAGCACACCAACCCGCUGAUGAUAAUGCGGGCACGGACACAGACGAGAGCAUUCACGGAGUUGGCGCUAGCGCCAGUACCACGUCACUUCCUCCGGACAAGAUACCCUCGACCCAUAGCCAGCCGUCAUUAUCGACAGAUUCCCCAAACGCAACCGAGCGCGCGGCCGGCAACGGCAUCGCAUCCCAGGACUUUGCAUCUGCCAGCGACUCGACCGUCACUGUGACUGCUGGUCCCGUCCUCGACAAGGCGGUACGUGUCGAGUCACCUGCGUCGGGCGUCUCGCCAGAAGUCUCCUCGCCAACAACACCCGCUGCUUCUAUUAAAUCAAAGCAAGCGAGUCUGGCCAAUGUAUUGAAUCUGCACACGCAACGGCGUAUGCGUGCCGAAUCAUCCUCCUCUUCGUCAUCGUCGUCGUCAUCCAGCUCUUCGGACGAGGAACCUGCGCCGCAAGAGGCUUCUGCACCCGGCCCCCCGCCAAAAAAAGGUCGCGCGGGCGUGUCCAUACCGUCUCAACGGCGUUGGCUGUGGUAUUGGAGUCUCUUACUGGCGGAUGAAGGCCCCGCAGGCUUUUGGCCCCCGCUCCCUUAUCCGCCCACGAAGCCAGACUACGAUCCCCCAACAUCACAAGCGCGCGCCCGCGUGCUCGACGUGCAGGUGCGCAUGCGUGAGACGAAAGGCGUAAAACUUUCCGUCGUCAAGGCCGCAAGCGCGCUUCUCGAGCGCUGGAGCGCUAAACCGGCGCCGCCCGGCGGUAACGGCGGAGCGGGUGAUCUAUGGGUCAGCGUCGCACGAUACGACGACCAGUUCGUGGAAACGCUCGAACGGUGGGAACGGUGGAGCCGCGAGCAAGGGAUUGGCGGUAUGGGGAGAAGACGAGAGGGAGGAGGGACUAUGCCCAAUGAAAUGCAGACUGAUCUCAGAAAGGAGAUACAACAUGUCUUCCAUGACGGGGACUGGGAUAAGUCGAAGAUGGUUCGCAGCUUCGAUCGGCUAUCCGUUGUCGCGGACAAGGAGGCUCGCGAAGGCAAGAUCGUGACAGAAACACUCCAGUCGAAAGCGAACGGCGAGGGCGUCCCAAUCGACGCGAACCGCGAAGUCCGCUUCAAGAUUUACUUAGGAAAGGUGUUCAUGGCUUGGUUUUGGCUUAUCCCAGCAUUCCACCUCCCGCCGCCAUCCGCGGCGAAUGCGUACGAGCCAUUCACGCUGACACUCGCGAAAUCAGACCUGGACUUCGCCAUCGGGCUUGGCUCUGCGCUCAUUGAAGUCAAGGUGACUCUGCAGCGAAUAGCACCAGAGGAAAGCGAUGGUGUGCCCAAGGAGCGCACGUCGAGUGGCGAAAGUCAGGUCGGGCAAACAGAGAAGAUAGUGGGUGGUGUGGUGAAUGCUGUGGGUGGACAGACGCCGCUUAGGGAGACCGUCGAGACAAAGCAGGGCCUUGAGGACUGA